AUGACACACUCGGCAGUCGAUGUCGUGGGUGACGCAAAAAGGGACCAUGAUAGUACAAAGCGAUGGCAACCGUCCGACCAAGACAGGUUGUCAGCAUACCCAACAUCCACUGAUCGAUCCUCACUCUUGCGGUCUCAUGCAGCAAAAUCAGCAGAAUGCAGCGGCCAGGGUUCCCCCAAAGCCAGGCGGAUACCGAGGGAAUCCAGGAGGGUAUCACUUGCACAGGCUUCUGGUUAUGUCCAGCUUAAUCAAUACAGACUCCUGGAGCCUAUUGGACAGGGUUCCUACGGCAUCGUCAAGUUAGCGUACAGCGAAGAAGAUGACACUCAUUAUGCGAUGAAGAUACUUUCGAAACGUAAGCUGAUGCGGCGAGCCGGUCUUUUUGGUAGAGCUCCUCCUAGAAGACCAGGACCUGGUCCCCCUCCAGAUCCAUUGCAAAGGGUCUACCGCGAGAUCGCCGUGCUGAAGAAACUGGAUCAUCCCAAUGUUGUGAAGCUUAUUGAAGUUUUAGACGACCCCGCAGAAGACCAGCUGUAUCUCGUAUUCCAGCUGUUAGAAGGAGGACCCGUGAUUGAUAUUCCAACAGACAAUCCUCUAAGUGAAGAAACAGCUAGGAAAUAUUUCAGAGACGCUCUGUUGGGUGUGGAGUAUUUACAUUUCCAACGGAUCGCACAUCGAGACAUCAAACCAGCUAAUCUUCUACUGGGCGAGGGUAGAGUGCAAGUGGCAGACCUGGGAGCCUGCGGGGAGCUGGCAGGUGCUGGGAGGCUAUCUGGAGCUGUUGGAACACCAGCGUUCAGAGCCCCUGAAGCUGUGGCGUCGGCUGAUAAGUAUAUUGGGGAAGCAGCAGACAUUUGGUCGCUAGGGGUUACUCUAUACGCUAUGGUGACCGGAAGAGUGCCUUGGAUAGGAGCAACAGCAACUGACCUGCAGAAACGGGUCCUCACGGAGCCUCUAACGUUUCCCACUCGACCACAACUCUCCAGGCCCUUGAGGAGGCUGCUGGCAAGGAUGCUGGACAAAGAUCCAGUCACGAGGGCUACUAUGAGUGAAAUUAAGGAGCAUGAAUGGGUGACAUGUUCAGGCAAAGAUCCUCUACCCUCGGAACAGGAGAACUGCCGGCUGGUCGAGGUCACUGAUGAGGAUAUGGCACAAGUUGUGACCUCAAUACCGAACCUGUCCACCUUGAUUCUCAUCAAGACCAUGCUCAAGAAACACAGCUUUCAGAAUCCAUUCCUGCGCAGCCGCGAGAACAGCUCCCGCCGGGAGAGCGUGGUGGGCGGCGAGGCGGGCGGCGGGGCGGAGGGCGGGGCGGAGGGCGGCGCGCGGGCGGGCCGGCGCUCGGCGCUGGCGCGCGCGCGCCGCUCGCUGUCCGCGCCCGGGGACUACCUCGCCGACACACAAACGUCUUUCGACAUCGCCCUCGAAUCAGUUCAAGAGACAAAAGAACAAGCAAAAUCGAGCAAACAAGAAAACACACAAAAGGCAACUCCUACAGAGCAGACCCAGACAAACCAAACCGCAUUUACGGAACAACAAAUAGGCGAUACGAAAGAAGACGCGAGUGCGAAAGGGACAGCGAAUAAGAAACAAAACGGGAGGGACAAGGAGAGGUGAUGCCGCGCGCCCGCGCCCUGCGCUCGACUCUGAGACUCGC